GUAGUUCAAUCAACUAUUUGCAGAGGAGCCUCUUAGGAGCGUAUUUGCAUUUGAUUAUUAAUAAUAACUUCAUACAAUACGCUGUUUAGUGAAUACCUAAUCUGGUGCCUACAUUAAUGCAGUGAUAUUAAGUAAUCAGUUAAAUACAAGAAAGUGACUAAUAUAACUAAAAAGCAUAUGAGUAAUACACAAUAGCUACCAAUCUGGUAGCUGCAUUCAAUAUUUUUGUUCUGUUUUUGCUAUUCAUUUAUAGUAGUGAUAGAUAUAUUGUAUAGCCUAUAGGUUUUAAAUCUACAUAAUAUAUGUAGGUAUUAUUAUAGGUACAUAGUUCAUUAAUUACUAUGUUACUAUGUAAGAUGUUCAACAAUGUAAUCUUGGUAUAGGUAUGCUAGCCUGGCAGCCAUGUUACUUACUUUAGGUACUUAAUUUUGGUAAAGUAAAUAGUAAGGUUUAAAUUAAUAACUAUACUUAAUUCGUUGUGAAAUUGCUGGGUCUGAUUAUUUAAAGGGGAGUUUAUGACUCUACUAGCGGCUCAGUUGCGCGGGCUGGCUCGGAUUGCUCGGAUUGCAAACGGUCGUUACGAGUACGUCGCGACGGGCCCCGACGGCCCGACUAAUAUUGUAUUGUCACUGAGAUGUACAUCAUGUACAUGUAACGAGUGUGUCCCGCGCGCUUUCCGGUUACAUAUUUAUAAGCUUACGCUACUACUCCCGCCCUGGGCGAGGCGAGAGAGUGUCAGACUCUUACUGACUAAAACCACCCUGUUCCUACUCCUGCUUGUCGAACCGGAGCCCCGGUGAACCCGCUAGAAGCAGUAGUAAACAUGGAAGACGAUGACCCGCAGCCAGGUCCUCCAAAAUGGAGAAGAAGAAAUGAAACUGAGUGGAGAAAUCCACAUAACCGUUCUCGGAUUGCUCAAAGGCCAAUGAAUUCUGCAUUUAACCGUUCGACAGGCAAUCUCCACAUGAUCAAUAACUACAGUUUGCAGCAAACAAACGCUAACCCACAAAGACGACAACAUCAUGGACAGAUGAGGCGCGAUCAUAGUGCGAAUAGACAACGGCCGCCAUUCCAUAACGUGCACCAAAAUCCAGGUCUGAGGACCUCAGCGAAUACGGAAAGUUGGAGUGUAAACAAUAACAUGAGACCUGGUGGAUCUGGUCGGGUCUCUCAACCUCAUCAUAAUAAGCGAUACAUGGGAUUUAGAGCUUUACAAGAAAUAGCAGACGCCGAGGAGAAGGAUGUGCUUCAGAAAAUUAAUGAGAGACGUGAAGCUUUUAUGAAAAUUGUUAAUGCGCCCAUCGAGAAACACGAUGUUUAUGUAUUACUUGUUGGAAUACUGUCAAAAGUAACCCAAUCACCUUUUGUUGAACUAAAAUCUAAAUUAAUACUUGACAUUUGUAACUCGGAUUUUAUAAACCAAUUACAAACCUAUUUAGUGGGGUUACCGUUCGUGCUCAAUAAAACUCCCAAUAAUUUAUAUUGGAACGAUCAAAGUCAGUUUUGGAAGAACUUGAUUACAUUUUGUGGUGAUAUAGUCGAUACGUCACCAGCUACGGCUAUCAGGAAAUUUAAAGCGCUUGUAGAGGGUGUGAUGAAAAUGUGUUUGGGAACUUUACGUGAUAAGCACGGAUUUGUGUUGUCUGAAGACUGUGUCACGAAGUUGGAAGAAAUUUGUCAGAAGAUGAUUUCAUACGAAAACAGAUAUCAGUCUACAUUGAGGGGAGAAGCAAGUACUUCUGAUUAUGCGGAUUUGCAACCACCGGAGAACUUUCGUGAUUUAAACGUGGUCCCGACAAAACUGGACUUGUUCGACACGCAACCUUUCUUACGACCAAAUAUCGUCGAGGGCAGCUAUAACGAUGUGGAACAUUACUUAGAUGUACAGUUCCGACUUCUCCGAGAAGAUUGCUUCGGUCCACUCCGAGAUGGCUUAAAUCAGUACUUGGCAGACCCUAAUAGGAAAAAAUAUGAUCACAUUCGAGUAUUUCACAACGUACAAUUUUUGUGCCCUUACGUUGACAAUUUAAAAACUGGCGCUUUAGCACAAAUCGAUAUGAGAAGGUACAAAAAUUUCCGCAAAAUUAAUUGGAAAAACAGCAAAAGAUUCAUUUACGGUUCCUUGGUGUUAUUCACAAAAGAUAAUUUUAAUACUUUUAUGGCUGCAACUAUCCUGGAUCGAGAUCCCAACCUUCUUUCGUGUGGAAAGUUACCAGUUUCAAUAAUAGAUAUGAAUCUAGAUGACAGUAUCUAUAACGGAGAAAUGUAUACCAUGGUCGAAAGUGAAGUUUAUUUUGAACCAUAUUACCACAUAAUGAAAGCUCUCCAGGACCCCUCAUUUCCACAACAUUUGGCUAUGCAACAGUACAUAGUCAAAGUAGAUCCGGGUUUGAAUCCCCCUGCUUAUAUAACUCUAAAUACAGAGUUUAAAAUUCCGAAUAAUCAAUCUAAGUCAGAAAUCUCAGAUGAAUCUGAUGAAGUUGAUGAUAAAAAGAUCAAAAAGGAGACAUUCUUUGUUUUACAGCCUAAUACUUGGCCAACGAUGGAAGAUUUAAACUUAAAUGAAAGUCAGUACGAGGCUUAUUUUUUAGCGCUUACCCACGAAUUUUCCGUAAUCCAAGGGCCACCAGGGACGGGUAAAACGUUCAUCGGCAUAAAAGUUGCGAAAACAUUGUUAAAUAAUCUUAAAACCGACGGACAAUGCUUAAUGCUGAUUAUAUGUUACACUAAUCAUGCGUUGGAUCAAUUUCUUGAAGCAAUAUCCAAAGUCACUACAUCCAUAGUUCGAAUUGGAGGGCAGUCUCGUAACAAAGCUAUGGAUCAGUUUAACUUGGUUAAUUUAAGGAAAAGAAAUUUAUCAGCUGCUUCUAAUAGAUUUUUCUUCGAGCAAAAAAAUCAAGUACGAAGGUCAAUUUUCAAUCUUCAGACGGCUCUUAAGACACUCGAUGUUAUAAAUAAUGGGGUCCUUAGUUACCGCUAUCUAAGUAUUCCCCCCCUAGAACUGCUCGAAGCCUAUUACGAGAAUCAGGGUAGAAUUUUGGAAGACCCCCUAGAAUUUUGGUUAUUUGAAGCGGUCCGAAUGUAUAAUCCUGAAUACUACAGAGACCUGGAAGAUUGUCUCUUAGAAUAUGAGAACUUAGUGGAUACUGAAGAGGACAUCGGUGAUCGAAGGGAGCGUAUGGUUUUGGAUGACGAGAUACUAGUCUCAGAUAUUUUUGCAACAGAAAACGCUUCAUUUUUGUUAGCCAAUGCCAAAGCUGAAAUGAAAGAGUUAGUUACAAACUACAAAAAAUGUGCAGAUACCAAUGAUAAAUAUAAUCUAAUAAACAGGAUACAGUAUCUGGAUGCUCGAAUUAAUUUGUUUAAUGAAAUGGACACUCGUCGGAAUCGCGAAGUCGUUUUGCAGAUAAAUUAUGAAACAGAUUUUUCGCGAAUAACAGUAGAGAAUCGAUGGUCUCUAUAUUUCACAUGGAUAAGACAUAAAAUCGAUGAAGUUAAGGAGGAGAUAGCAAAUUUACAAGCAGAAGUUACGCCAGCACUAGCAGCUUAUGACGAAGCGAGAAUGAUGGUGGACGUCCAAUUAAUAAAAGAUAAGCGCAUUAAAGUUGUAGGCAUGACUACUAGUGGAGCAGGAAGGAUGCGGAAACUGUUGAAAGCGAUUGCACCAAAAAUUGUACUAGUGGAGGAGGCUGCAGAAGUGUUGGAGGCGCAUAUAAUAACCUCGCUUACAAAGGAUUGUCAGCAUUUAAUCCUUAUAGGCGAUCAUCAGCAACUACGGCCGUCGGCGUCUCAUAUAAAGCUGGCAAAACGAUACAACAUAGAGGUGUCUUUGUUUGAACGAAUGAUAACGAACGGGAUACAUAGUCGUCGGCUGAAUGUGCAACAUCGCAUGCGGCCAGAGAUCGCCGCGCUCAUUUCUCCUCAUAUAUACACAGACUUAGCGAACCACCCGUCUGUUGAAACUUUCAAAAACGUGCCUGGUAUAGAAAAAAACCUUUACUUCUUUACACACAACUAUAAAGAAGAAGUUAUAAAUGAAGGUAAUAGUCGAGAAAAUCGCAAAGAAGGGGAUAUGGCGUUGGCUUUGGCAAAUUAUCUAAUGCAACAAGGCUUCACCCCUGAUGACAUCACAAUUCUGGCGGCUUAUUCAGGGCAAAUGUUUUACAUGAGAAAAGAACGCCAAAAAUAUGCAAGUUUAUCUAAAGUUAAAAUAACAGUGCUCGAUAAUUAUCAAGGAGAGGAAUCUAGAAUAAUAAUCCUGUCACUUGUAAGAAAUAACCCUGACAACCAAAUUGGAUUUCUUGGAACCGAGAACAGGGUUUGUGUGGCUCUUUCGCGGGCAAAAGAAGGUUUUUAUGUCUUCGGCAAUAUGAAUAUGCUGAAAGCAAAAUCAGAAUUGUGGAGAAAAAUUGCAACGACUCUGGAAAAUAACGGAUCUUUAGGGUCGGAACUGGUAAUGAAAUGUCAAAAUCAUCCUGAGCAAAAAAUGAAGGUUUCUACUCCGGACGAUUUUGAGAAGUUACCCUCAGAAGGAGGAUGUUACCAAAAAUGCAAUUUCCCAUAUCAUUGCGGUCACAAGUGUCAACUUUACUGCCACGGAUACGAUCGCGAACACGUUACAACGAAAUGUUCUAUGAAGUGCGAAAGGGUUCUUUGCGAGCUUGGCCAUGUGUGUCCAUUGAAAUGUAAGGAAGAGUGUGCACCAUGCAACGUUUAUGUGAUGAAGACCCUACCAUGUGGCCACGAAAUGAACGUUUAUUGCCAUCGUGAACCUGAAGACCCAAAAAACAAAUGUUUGACAAAAAUCGAGGUUAUACUACCAGACUGUCAACAUAAGGCUCAGGUUGAUUGUUACAAGGAUAUAACUAAAGUGAAAUGUUUGGAGCCCUGCAAGUAUCGUUUGGAGAAGUGCGGUCAUGUCUGCGGACUCAAAUGUCACGUUACUGAAGACCCUAACCAUGAAAAAUACGUUUGCACUAAACCCUGUGCUCGUGCGAAAGCGGGAUGUACAAGGGAACUUAUGGGAGAUCGUGGUGAACAUCAAUGCCGAAAGAAAUGCAACGAAAAAUGUGACCCUUGUGUAGUUCUGGUAAAGAAAAAAAGGUCGAAUUGUAAGCAUACGGAAACUGUAGCGUGCAGCUACGAUAUUGACAAAAUUAAGUGCCUUAAGAAAUGCGCAAGAGUGUUGACCUGUAGACAUUACUGCAAAAAAAUUUGUUUCGAAGAAUGCACAGACUGUACACAAAUGGUAUGGAAAGAAAUUCCCGAUUGUAAACAUAAAAUAAAGAUUCAAUGCAUGCACACUCCCAGUCGAGCCCUUUGCACUGAGAAAUGUGAGCGCCUGCUUCCAUGUGGCCACCCGUGCAAAGACAGGUGCGCAGUGCCAUGCGACAUUACAAAGUGCACCGAGAUAACAUCUCAUGAGGUCAUUUCUCCUUGCGGUCACGUAGUCAAGCUUCCGUGUAAUCUCUCACAAUUGAAAAUGAAAGGCGAUUUGUCGGAGAGCGUCGUGCUGGGCGCGUGCACGGAGCCGUGCGGCGCCGUGCUGGCGUGCGGCCACGUGUGCGGCGGCGACUGCGCGCGCUGCCACCAGCGCCGCCUGCACGCGCCCUGCACGCAGACCUGCAACCAGGACAACAUCUGCGGACACACAUGCCAGGAGCCCUGUAACCAGAUCUGCCCGCCGUGUAAAAUGCCCUGUGAAGUGAAGUGCCCACAUUCGAAGUGUAAGAAGUUGUGCGGCGAACCGUGCACUCCUUGUCAGGAGGCGUGCGGGCGCGGCUGCGGGCACGGCGCGUGCGGGCGGCGGUGCGGGGAGCCGUGCGAGCGCGCCGCGUGCGACGAGCGCUGCGCGCGCCGCCUGCGCUGCGGGCACAUGUGUCGCGGCCUGUGCGGGGAGCCCUGCCCCGACAUCUGCCAGAUCUGUCGCCCGGAACAAUUCCCCACCGACUUCCUCGGCGAUGCUUACGAGGAUAGCGACAAAUUUAUUUUACUUCAAGAUUGUGGUCAUAUUCUGGAGGUCGACGACAUGGAUACCUUGAUGCUGGGCGAUCAAGAAAACAUUAAAAUACGGACAUGCCCAUUUUGUCGCAAACCGAUCAUCAAUACCAAUAGAUACAAAGAUAUCGUGAACAAAAGGUUCAAAGAUGAUAUAAAUCCUAUAAAGCUCCGAGUUUACGGAACUCAUAAUAAAAUAUUUGAGAAAAUUUCGGAACUACGCGGUAAAAUUAAUAAAUGUUGGGAAAAUUACAAGGCUGAUAUUUUAUCGUAUGACAAUUUAAACACCGCAUAUAACAAUCUAGAUAAUCUUGUGAAAAGACAGAAGAAGGUGUCACUUGUACAAGUGGAAAUGGAAUGUGUAUAUCUCAAUAUAUUUGAAAGGAUUGUUGAAUGUUGGCAACUACACCGUAAAAAAACGACGAUGUUCGAGGAAGAAAUGAAGAAAAAUAUUGAUAUACUAAUGAAUACAAUCUCGAUUAAACCAACAGCAACAUUGCCAGUUAAAAUAAGUGAACAACAACAAAAAGAUAUUGGUAAUGAGAUUAAACGUUUAAACAUCAUUACACAAUUUGGUAGAUUACUAAAUGAAGCUGGCGAUAAGCGAACUCUACCGAAAGUGGAACAAGAAAUUGAAUUAACAAAAACAAUAGUUUUCUCUAUAUCUGUGUUUUCUGAAGACAAGGCUAUAGAGUCACUGAAAAAUCUGCUAAAGAUAAUUCAAAUAAGUGGUGAAAUCACUAAGUAUGAGCGAGAUAUGAUUGUUAAAGCCAUUGGUUUAAAAGCCGGCCACUGGUAUAAAUGCCCCAAUGGGCACAUCUAUUGUAUUGGCGAGUGUGGCGGGGCGAUGGAAGAGAGUAGGUGUCCAGAAUGUAAAGCGAAAAUAGGAGGCACAAGACAUACGCUACUUCCUGGGAACGCGCAUGCGCCUGAGAUGGAUGGAUCAAAAUAUGCAGCUUGGUCGGAACAGCAUAACUUAGAAAAUUUCCGAUUUGACGAAUUUCUUGAUUGAAGUAUACAGAUCUCACGUUUUUAACUACAUCAUAAGAGAAACAUACACUAACCGCCGUACUCAGUCAUUUAAUUGUUACUUAACCUUGGCAGUUAAUAUAAUCGUUACUAAGGAAUAGUUUAAGUAAUCAUUAAAUGUGUCUGAGUAUGGUAAGUAGGCUAACACUAACACUUAAUUUCAUAUGGUCAUUAGAUUGUUAUUUCUAUAGUUUGUGUAUUGUUCUUGGAUAAGCACAUUGCUGGAUGGCAACAGUGAUGAUAAAUCUGACCCUUAUACUUAGAGAAUAUAAGAUAUAAGAAGGCCAAUCAAAAGUAUGACGUCAUGGGCGCUCGUAUUCAAUUGAGUUGAUCGUCCCCCGUCUUAUGAUUGUUGGGGUUGUUAAACCGAGGGCAUGAUGCACAUUUAGGGACUUCUCAUUUUUUUCCUUUCUUUCUCUGAUUGUGUGAGAACGAUGCUUCCGAAUGGGCCGGUUCGUCCCGCCCACACAGAAAAGCGACGUGAAACAACGCGUGCAUUGUGUGAGUAAGGUCACCGGAGGCCCAAUUACCUAUCUUCCUAAUCCCCGAUUCCCCAACAACCUUUAAAUUCCUAAUCCCCAAAAGACCGGCAACGCACAUGUAAGCCCUCUGGUGUUUCGGGUCAAUGGGCGGCGGCGAUUGUUUACCAUCACUGCAGCUAGUGUACCGGCUUAACCCAUAAAAAAUAAUGUCUCAUUUCUCCGCAGUAAUCACAUGAUGAGAAGUCUCUACAUGAUUGUCCACACUGUUGUCAUUUAUAACAUCUUGUGAUUAAAGUAAAAUCCCUUACAUGGCAAGAUUUCCAAUUAUUAUAAACUCACUAAAGAUCACGGUUUACUCGCGUAUAUUAAUGGAGAAAUCGCGCAGACGCAGCGACGGCACGCUGCUUGUGAUGAAGAGUCAAUCUGUGACUCGAAACUAGUAGAGCUUUUCUCUAUAAAUAUACGGGAAUAAACCGUGACUUUUAGUAUGUCUCUCGAUAGUUAUUAUAAAAAAUUAUAUAAACUCGUUGUUAAGCUAUUCUAGACCUUAAGGAUUUGGUUGGCUCGAACUUCUAAGAUGAAGUUAUUUAGAUAGUUCGUAGUUGAUAAACUCUUAGUUCUUCACGUUACCUUGCAAAAUUAAUUGCUUGCAGGAUUUGUAGAAUCAAGACAAGCUCUGCUAUUUCUGUCGAUCAUUGCUUUUAAUCUUAAAGCUUUGUUUUUACAGUAAAUACAAUUACUUAUUAUACGGAUUAUACCGCCAUACUCAGAGUCAUUUAAUGAUUACUUAAACCAGUCCUUAACAAUUUUUGACACAAAAUCGUUACUAAGGAAUAGUUUAAAUAAUUAUUUAAUGUCUCUGAGGGUGGCAGAUAGUGUAGUUUUACAUUAGAGGCUAAGUUGGUAGCAUACCUAUAUAAUGUUACUAUUGUGCUACUUAUAUAUUCGCUAUAUAGAAUUAGAAUUUACGGAAUAUCAAAACCUAUUUCAAUAAAACUUUUCAUUUUA